AUGGCCGACCAAGAGCUAGACUACGAAGCCGUCAGGCAAGAAAACAUACGCAAGAAUGCCGAACUCAUGCUCAGCCUUGGCCUCGACAAGGACUCCGUGCGAAUGCGCCCCCCUUCGCCCGAGAGAAGGCCCCCGGCGCCGCGCAAGCUCGGCGAUGGCGACUACCCCGGCGGCAGCAGCUCCAGCCGCCGCAUACUGCCGCCCCGCAAAUCUUCCCGCAUCGCUGCCGCAGCCCCUCGCUCCUACGUCGAAACCUUCAGAGGCUAUGCGGACGGAGACCCGAGGCUCGUCAAAAAGGAGAAGCGCGAGAAGGUCUACCGCAAAGGCUCUAGAAAGAGCAAGCGAUCCGAAGGCGACGCAGGCACCGGCAGGUACAGGGACUGGGGCAGCGACGACGACGACUACGACUCCGACGACUAUGUGCAGCCACGGUCGCGGCCAGAAGACGACUUUGACAGCGGCGACGAGCGGCGCGCACGCAUCUACUCGCCCUCGUACCGCGGCAAGCGCGACGGCUCCGAGACGUUUGUCGAGAUCCCCGCCCGCAGCCAGCUCAAGAGGCUCCGGAACCCGCCGCUGCCAACGCCUCCUCCCAGCAUCGACGAAGAGGACGGCAUCAGCCCGGUGCGCGCUCCGUUGCCGGCAAGGGAAGAGGUCGAGCCGGGCAAAGGCAGGGGCGCGCUGCUGUUCGAGGAAGGGUAUAGCCACUUUAGACCCAACGUCACGCCCGAAGAGAUGCUGAGAGGGGGCGUCUUUGGCGGCACUGCAUUCCGGCCGUACCACUCGUCGGUGUUGCGGCGUGACCUGGACGUGGACGCGGAGCUGGCCGAGCUGCCGACAUCGUGGCUGGAGGGCCUGGAUGUCGACGGGCUGCUGACCAGCUCGACGUACGACGCCAGCAAGAACCGCUUCGGCGUCAAGGCGGGCCAGUCGCUCGAGGACUGGGAGCAGGCGGGCUGGGUGCGAGCCCAGGAUCCGCGAGGGUGGUUCCAGUGGUAUUACCGGUUCUACCUGGGCCGGCGCAGCUCGGACGAUUCGCGGCAGAUCAGCCGAUGGCUUAAGGCGUGCGGGCCGGCGGGGAGGUUCAAGAAGAUGCUGGUGCAGAAGGUGGCGGCCGCCGGCGGCGCCUGGGACGACGGCGAGGUCAACCCCGUGGUGCGCCAGACGCUGUGGCAGUGGGGCUACGACCUGAGCCAGGCCGACUACCGAGCCUACCUCUGA